AGCCAGCGGUCGCCGGAUGGUUAUUCCGCCUUGCCGGCUGGGUUCCUCUACCCAUCCAGCGGCCGUCGGAGGGGUAUCCCGAUGUGUGGGCUGGGUGCCCUUACUCGAUCAUCCAGCGGCCGCCAGAUGGGUAUCCCGCCGUGCUGGCUGGGUACCCUGCGCGCCGCUCCCGAGGCGCCGUCUCCUCGCAGGCGGCGCGGCAACCCCGCCUGCGGCGCGCACGGAGGAAAAAAUGAUGACGAACAAAAAGGAGGAGGAGGAUCGGCAAGAGGCUCGUGACCUCGACAUAGUGGACAGCUCCGCGCACUUCGAGAGGCCGAUGGAGCUGGUUGAGCCGACCCACCACAUCUGCAGGGUAACGGCCUCGACGUUGCUGGAGAUCGAGGUGGAGGCCGCUUGCUGCUCGCAGGCAGAGUGGCAGACGAGCCCCCUCUGCCAGGAUUACGAGCGGAGCCUGCGCCACGAGGGCUGGCUCAUCGUGCCGGCCCUCUUCUCGCCCGUGAUGAAGGUCAACUACCGCAUCACUGGCGCGGCGGUGGAGACCGUGGAGCUGGAGGUCUGGACGCGGCCCGGCACCAGGCCGUCUGUCCCCAUCCGCGCCGCGGCCGCGUCGCUGCUCGCCGGGCUGGCUGGGCGCCCCCGGGAGGAUUCGCUGGCAACUGCAGCGGUGGCGCCGAAGCUAACUGCCGCGCCGCUGGCGCUGGAGGGCUCGCUUGGCAACGGUGGCAAGCCGGGAGGCAAAGCUCUGGACGAGAUGAUUUCGCAGAUGGACGAGCUUGUGGACGGCGAGCUUGUGGACGAGGA